AUGCUAGCCAUCAUCGCAAACACGAUGUACCUCGGCGUCAAUGCCGACUGGAAAAUCAGGAAUGCUUUCGGGCCUAUAGAAGGUCGCCAAAAGCAAGAUGAAGAUAGCGCGUGGGACAUAACUUUUGCUGUGUGGUUCUCCAUUGAAAUCCUGUUACGCCUGCUGGCUGAGAAGAUCAGCUUCUUUACCGGUGAGGAGCAGGCAUGGAAUCUCUUCGACAGCUUCCUCGUCGUGGAAUCCAUUGUGGGACUUUUAUUUCCAGUUGGGGCAAAGCUGUCGUUUCUUCGCAUCAUUCGUGUCUUCCGUCUAGCGCGCGUCGUGAAGUUGGUGAAAGCUGUGAAGGCACUACGAAGGCUGCGAACGAUGAUUUUUUCCAUCGCCAAUUCCUUCAUUGAUCUGAUGUGGGCAUUCUUGGUCGUGAUUUUGAUCCUCUUCAUCUUUGGCAUCAUUUUGUCCAACUCGGCUGCGAGCUACUUCGAGGCUGUCAAUCUGGACGACAGCAUAGAGAUCGAUCAGGCUAGAGAUGUACAGAAGUUGUUUGGGAACUUGCCUGUGACGAUGCUGUCCCUCUGGUGCGCGGUCAGUGGUGGCAACGACUGGAUGCUGUACGCGGACGCGCUGGUGCUAAUGGAUCAUGAUGGUAGCUACAUCUACCUGGCAGUGUUUCUGUUCUACACUGCCUUCUGCGUGGUCGGGCUGUUCAACGUCGUGACAGGAGUUUUUGUCGACAGCGCGGUGUGCUGCAGAACUGAAGACGAAGUGCUCCAGAGCUACGUGGAUGAUCUGAAGCGCACCACCGCAGAGAUCAAGAAAUUUUUUGAGACUGCUGACUCCGACGGGUCAGGAACUUUGAGCUAUCGAGAGUUCUGCGGCCACCUGAAAAGUCCAACGGUCAAGGCGUUUUUCCACGGUCUGGAGAUUGAUCCAGAGGAGGCCUCCAUAAUUUUCAGAAUCCUUGAUGACGACAAGAAUGAUGAGAUACUCAUCGAGGAGUUCAUCAACGGGACCAUGAGCCUUGCUUGCAGCUGGCCAAGGCUGCGCAAUUGUCUGAAGGAGCCCCUUCAAAGGCUUCAUCCAUCACAACCUUUCGGGGUACGUUUUGGUACUGCACCUGCCCUAGAAAAUCAUGUAAAGGACCCUUGUGAGGGGAACAUUUUUUGCAUACUUCUACAGGUGCCAUAUUGGGGAACUGUUCUAGCAUGCUGCAGUAUCCAGGGUAUUGGCCGAAGCCUGCAGGAUGCCGACUGGGCUGGGAUCCUCAUUUCAGUGUAA